AUGUAUAAAUUUGGGACCCGAAAUGGCGACAUAACGACUUGUACGAAAGUACCACUACGACUACCUCUUCCUAGGUUUAUCAAUGACGCGGCUGUCCUACUACACUGCUUACGUGGCUUUAACAAGCCAUCACCGCGAAGACCUCCAAGUAGACAUUGUCAAGUGUUCAUUGAUGUUGGAGGUGGCGAUACCAUUUUGAGAAGAGGUACUGGAGGUGCUAGAUGGGCUGGAGGUAGUACUCGAAGUACCACAGGCAUUUCCAAGGUUGCUACAUGUAUCCUUCAUCGUGUUCCAGUCCUCGUAGACGGUGUCGUGGGCAGUGUUGUUACUCUGAGAGGAGUGGCCCACCGAGUGUUUGGCGGCGUCAAGGGCGACUUUGUCACCAUGCCGGCUCACAGGCUGUUGAAUGGAGCCGUGUUCGUUGGGGGAAACGGGGCCAUGAAUACCGGGGAGUGUGGGAGAAUAGAGGAGGAGAAAAGUUGA